CCCAACAACAGAUUUUCACAUCUCUCUUUCUUUCUUUUUUUUCUUGAAGGAAAGAAGAAGAAAGAAUAAGAUCUCCAAAUCCAAGUAACUACUUUCUCCACCUACAUUCAAUUGUUUUUCUCCUUAAUCACUCUAAUACACAUUUACUUGAGCUAAAAGUAAUAGACUCUAUAUCAACCAUGUGCAGGUUGUUAACACAAGAAGUAAACAUGGUUCAUCUUGGGUUCUUAGUUAUGGUUAUGGUAGGAGUAAUGGCUUCUUCUGUGAGCGGCUACGGUGGCGGUGGCGGUUGGAUCAACGCUCACGCCACUUUCUACGGUGGAGGCGAUGCUUCCGGCACAAUGGGUGGUGCUUGUGGAUAUGGUAAUCUAUAUAGCCAAGGCUACGGGACAAGCACGGCGGCUUUGAGCACGGCUCUGUUCAACAAUGGACUUAGUUGUGGUUCUUGCUUUGAGAUAAGAUGUGAAAACGAUGGUAAAUGGUGUUUACCUGGCUCAAUCGUUGUAACCGCUACAAACUUCUGUCCGCCAAACAACGCGUUAGCGAACAAUAAUGGCGGUUGGUGUAAUCCUCCUCUUGAACACUUUGACCUUGCUCAGCCUGUUUUUCAACGCAUUGCUCAGUACAGAGCUGGAAUCGUCCCUGUUUCCUAUAGAAGGGUACCAUGCAGGAGAAGAGGAGGAAUAAGAUUCACGAUAAACGGCCACUCAUACUUCAACCUUGUGCUGAUCACAAACGUCGGUGGUGCCGGAGAUGUUCACUCGGCGGCGAUCAAGGGUUCAAGAACAGGUUGGCAAGCCAUGUCAAGGAACUGGGGACAAAAUUGGCAAAGCAACUCUUACCUCAACGGUCAAGCACUUUCCUUUAAGGUCACCACCAGCGACGGCCGCACUGUUGUAUCCUACAACGCCGCUCCUGCUGGCUGGUCAUACGGCCAGACUUUUGCCGGUGGACAGUUCCGCUAAAAAGGGCAAUAUGGUCAUUCUCUCUUCCAUUUAUCUAAAGUAAACUCAUUUGUGUGGU